AGAAAGCAACUGGUCUUUGAUCCAUCUUUGUCAGGAGGCGAGGUCACUACAACAAAAUGGCAUUUCAGUUCAUAAUUGCCUGACCCUAUGUUCACCAGGUCAGCCGGAGAACAGCAUCAAACACAAAUGCAAUGAAAACGGAGCAUACAACUCUGAGCACAAGUGUGUGUUGUUUUGGAGGUAAAGCAUAGUGAGUAUAUUCUUGGCAUGGAUGGUGAAUAAAUAUUUUAAUGAAUAAAUUAGACACUUUGGUGAUGUUGAAAGGAGAGUCUGCACUGCAUAACAGUCUGUACAAAGAUCACCAGUUUGAAAACCACAUAAGGAGUCUCUGAUUAAUGUGAUGCUCUGAUAUUUAGACCUACACUGAUCUGUCUGGUAAAUCCUCUUGCAACUCAUGCCCACUCCAUUUUCCCCUUGUCAGUAGUGUGUUUUGUCAUAAUUGAUAAUGCUGUUCUGUCUGUGCCAGCAAGUAUGAAUGAUGAAAAUCUUGACUGGGGGGAGGAAAGAGGCUGGAGUGAGGGAGGGCCAAUUAUCUUAUUGUUUAACCCACUCAAGGUAGAAGCCCAUCAAUCUGAAACCACUUGCUCAAAUGACUCAUGUUCAGCCUUUAUAAAAGUUUAAUUGGCUUAUAUAAUUAACACUGAGGGGAAAGACGUGUGUUGUCAUUUAGAGGGGCGAAAAAUGACCUGUCUGGAUGAGAAAUGUGUGCAGUUGUACGUAUCCUGAUUAUGUAAUCGAUUGCACAAAAAUGAAUAGAUUUCUGAUCACUUUUUUGGUAAUAUUUAAGAAACAAAACUUGCCUGAAAAUAAAGUGAAGUUUCAUGACCGUUUUCCUUUCUUUGUCUCCCUGAGCUGAUGUGUAUGGCCGUUACCUACAAUAGGCACCACGGGCACCUUUGGGUGCCGCUCGCUGUGCACCACCUGACACGCGGGAGAGGGGCGUGUCGAGCCGUCUGCACUCAGAUCUGUGUCACCUUCACUCAUACCUGUCCUACUUAGACAUUUCGGCGAUGACACUAGAGUCAAAGAGCGGUGCUGUAUAAGCCAUGAGUCACUUUCGGGCGUUAGCGGGUGUGCUGAGGGGUGGGUGUGUCGGGGGAGGUCAGUGGCUUCGUGGAUGCGGAGAGGCCCCGGCCAGGCGCUGGCUCGAUCCCCGGAGAGGGUGCACCUCCGGAUCUGCGCCUGCUCUCUCAGUGGUGGCCAGCAGCUCCAGCUAUGUGGAGGAGAUGUACUUUGCCUGGCUGGAGGAUCAUAAAAACGUCCACGAGUCUUGGGACGCAUUCUUCCGUAACAUCCAGGCCUCCAGUCCGUCUGGCGAGGCAGGUGAGAGAUGCCCCUCUGCUCUGCUCCAGGGCCGAGUGCGGGCUCACUCACCAGACAUGGCACAGAAAGUGGUGGAGGACCACCUGGCUGUGCACACUCUAAUUAGAGCCUACCAGAUUCGUGGUCACCAUGUUGCCCAGUUAGAUCCUCUGGGAAUCCUGGAGGCUGACCUGGACUCCUUUGUUCCCUCCGACCUGAUCACCACCAUCGAUAAGUUAGGUUUCUAUGGUCUUGAUGAGUCUGACUUGGAUAGGAGCUUUCGGCUGCCUUCCACCACCUUCAUCGGAGGAGAAAACACCACUCUUCCUCUUCAAGAAAUCAUACACAGACUAGAGACAUCCUACUGUGGUCACAUAGGGGUCGAGUUUAUGUUCAUUAACAACAUGGACCAGUGUCAGUGGAUUCGUCAGAAAUUUGAGACUCCGGGAAUCAUGCAGUUCACUAAUGCUGAGAAGAGAACUUUGCUAGCCCGCCUGGUCAGAUCCACACGAUUUGAGGACUUCCUGGCCAGAAAGUGGUCAUCAGAGAAACGUUUUGGUCUGGAGGGCUGUGAAGUGCUCAUCCCUGCUCUUAAAACCAUCAUUGACAAGUCGAGUGCUGCAGGCAUUGAAAGUGUAAUCAUGGGAAUGCCUCAUCGGGGUCGACUGAAUGUCUUGGCCAAUGUGAUCCGUAAGGAGCUGAAUCAGAUCUUCUGUCAGUUCGACCCCAAGUUAGAGGCCACCGAUGAGGGGUCGGGUGACGUCAAAUACCACCUUGGGAUGUACCACGAGAGGAUCAACCGUGAGACGGACAAGAACAUCACGCUGUCACUCAUGGCAAACCCCUCCCACCUGGAGGCGGUGGAUCCGGUGGUUCAGGGCAAGGCCAAAGCUGAGCAGUUCUACAGAGGAGACACUCAGGGAAAGAAGGUGAUGUGCAUCUUGAUUCAUGGUGACGCUGCUUUUGCUGGACAAGGAGUUGUAUAUGAGACUUUCCACCUAAGUGAGCUCCCCUCCUACACCACACAUGGUACAAUCCAUGUGGUUGUCAACAACCAGAUUGGCUUCACUACAGACCCUCGAGUGGCCCGCUCCUCCCCCUACCCCACCGAUGUGGCUCGGGUUGUCAAUGCACCCAUCUUCCAUGUGAAUGCCGAUGACCCCGAGGCUGUAAUGUACGUGUGCCGGGUGGCUGCAGAGUGGAGGGCCACCUUCAACAAGGAUGUUGUCAUUGACCUGGUUUCUUACAGGCGCUUUGGCCACAAUGAGAUGGACGAGCCCAUGUUCACCCAACCGCUGAUGUACAAACAGAUCCGUCGGCAGGAGCAUGUGCUGAAAAAGUAUUCUGACAAGCUCAUUGCUGAGGGAGUGGUGACGCUGCAGGAAUUUGAGGAAGAAGUUGCCAAAUAUGACAAGAUAUGUGAGGAGGCAUACACCAGCUCCAAGGAUGAAAAGAUUUUACACAUUCGACACUGGCUUGACUCCCCGUGGCCAGAUUUCUUCACAGCAGAGGGAGAGCCCAGGAGCAUGAUCUGUGUCCCCACAGGGCUGGAUGAGGAGGUCCUGCAGCACAUUGGCCAGACAGCCAGCUCAGUGCCUCUGGAAGAUUUUAAAAUCCACCCUGGUGUGUCUCGUAUCCUGCGUGGUCGAGCUCACCUGGUGACGAAUCGGCAGAUGGACUGGGCUCUGGGAGAGUACAUGGCCUUUGGCUCCCUUCUCAAAGAAGGCAUCCAUGUACGACUCAGCGGGCAGGAUGUGGAGCGGGGAACCUUUAGUCACCGUCACCAUGUUCUGCACGACCAAGAGGUGGACAAACGUAUCUGUGUUCCCAUGAACCACCUGUGGGCUAACCAGGCUCCUUACACUGUCUGCAACAGCUCCUUAUCGGAGUAUGGAGUGCUAGGUUUUGAGCUUGGCUUUGCUAUGGCCAGUCCGAAUGCUCUGAUCCUCUGGGAGGCGCAGUUUGGAGACUUUCACAACACAGCCCAGUGUAUCAUUGACCAGUUCAUCAGCCCAGGCCAGGCCAAGUGGGUCCGCAACAAUGGUAUUGUCCUACUGCUACCGCAUGGGAUGGAGGGAAUGGGCCCAGAACAUUCAUCAGCCCGACCUGAACGCUUCCUGCAAAUGAGCAAAGAUGAUCCCGAUCACUUCCCUGAGUUCUGUGGAGAUUUUGAAGUCCAGCAGUUGUAUGACUGUAACUGGAUUGUGGUCAACUGCUCCACGCCUGCUAACUACUGUCAUGUGAUCAGACGGCAGAUUCUGCUGCCAUUCAGAAAACCGCUGAUCAUUUUCACUCCAAAGUCUCUGCUGAGGCACCCGGAUGCAAGGUCCAGUUUUGAUGACCUCGCCAAAGGCACUACAUUCAAGAGGUUGAUUCCAGAUGAGAGUCCUGCGAGUCAAAACCCAGCCCAAGUGAAGAGGGUGAUCUUCUGCACUGGCAAAGUGUACUAUGAACUGGCUAAAGAGAGGAAACAGCUAAAUUUGGAGAAAGACAUCGCCAUCAUCCGACUUGAACAGAUUUCUCCAUUCCCGUUUGAUCUGGUCAGAGCAGAGUCAGAGAAGUAUGCCAACGCUGAGCUGGUCUGGUGUCAGGAGGAACACAAGAACAUGGGCUACUAUGAUUAUGUCCGGCCACGUUUUCUCACAGUGGUGGCUAACAAGAAAGCCAUUUGGUAUGUGGGACGGGAUCCUGCAGCUGCUCCUGCAACAGGGAACAAGUCCACCCACCUCAAUGAGCUGAAGAAGUUCAUGGACACAGCUUUCAACCUGAGCGCCUUCCAGGGGAAGGACUUGUAAUUGAGAACUGGAACAAGAACCAGGCAGGAGGUGUAGUUUCAUCUCCAACAACUGUAGUCUAUUUAUUAAGUCUUGAUUGCACUUUUAGCUUUGUGACAAUCUGGAGCAUAGCCUCGUGUUUUUAGAAAAAAUUAUUUCAACUUCUGGUUAUCAUUUGUGAAAGUUCAGUCUGCAGCGCUAACUGCGGGUCCUCUUACAUGGAAGUCGCCAUGUUGCGCCGCCAUAUUUCUACAGUAGCCCAAACGGACAAACGGCUAUUCAGAGCGCUUUUCGUCACCAUGUUGAAUACUUACAAAGAAGAAGUAGUAGUAGUAGUAGUACUUGUAGUAGUAAUAGCAGUAGUACUCUGUUUAAUUAGAAGUAAGAAGAGACGUGAAAUUUGGACAGAGGACCACACGUAUUGUUUAGCGCAAGAGCCGACAGAGCGUGUCAGCCACCAUAGUUUCUCCUGCGCUCUUGCAAAGGGAGGGCUGAGCCGUGGUUAAGCCAUUGGUUGCAAGUUGCAACCCUCACCAAUAGAUGCCACUAAAACUUACACACUGAACCUUUAAGUGAUCAUUAUUCUAUUGUGACUCCCAUGCAUAGAAUCCCCACCAAUGUGAGAAGCAUCAUUAAGCACAACUAGGCGAGAGAAGGCUAAACAACUUUGGACAGUCUUUCCAGGGCCUCAUGUUUUAAAUGCAGAAUGAAUUAUCUUUCACUGUGACACGUUACGCAGGAUAGAAUAGAAUUGUUGUGCAUUGUUGUUCCCUGGCAAUGCCCUAUGUCAAGUGAAAGAGGUAACUUUUAUUUAUAUAGCCCCAAAUCACCCAGUUUCCCUUUAUCCUUAGAACCUUGAUUUGUAUGAGGAAAACCUCCCCCAAAAACACGGACCAACAUCAUGUAGUCUCAUAACAGCUUUACUGGAAGAAUCUGCACUUUAUUAAAUCAACACUAAUUAGCACAGGGCUUUUAUGGAAUAACUACAGUGUAUGUAUACACCUCAAUGUCUUGUCUAAAGAGAAGUGGUUAAGUAGCAAUAGUACACUCUUUGUAUCUUUAAUAACGUUCACACACCAAAUUUCAGAUAUGUGACAAUCUUUGUUAUUGGAGUAGCUUUAGUACUGUAGAUGCCUCCAUUGCUGCCAUGCUUAAUACUAGGAUAUAUUAGUUGUAUUUGUAUUGUUUAUUUCUUUUUUUUAGAUUAUGGAUGGAUGAAUAGUAGAAGCUAUGAGACGCACACAAACCACCAACUGGUGUACUUACACAGUGAAUGCAAAUCACAUAUCACAGGUAUGAAGACUGUUAUGAAAUUGAACACAUCAGUAGGUUUAGUGCCUGCAUUUGCUUUGGCUACCUUUGCUGUUAGUGAAGCAGUCUGUAUUUAUUGUCACACCUCACUUCACCAGGAGACAUGAGCCAGCUGGCACAGAGACUUGCAGCCAUGUUUUCUACUUAGGACAUAAGGCUCAGCUUCUUCUUCGAAGGCUGAGGGAUGUACACUGCACACAUACACAUAAACAAAGCAAAGCAUUUAGAUGCUUUGAGAGCAAUAUUGACGCUGGUUGUCACAUUAAAAUCCCCAGGUAUUUAACAGAAUUGAUAUUAGUUACCACUGUGAUUAGAAAUGCUCCAUAAAACUGUGCUUCCUGUUUGGUUAUACUGUAGCUUACUGUUUCCACUUCCAGCUGGGAGAUUUAACCAUUAGCCAUGCAUAAACCUUUACAUAUUUAACGAUUUAAAAAAGGUUUAAUAUGCCCACAUAUUAGUGUGGGUAUUGAAACAUGCACAACUUGAUAGAGCUUACACUGGGAAUAAUAAAAUAUGCAAUAAAAUAUAUGUAAGUUUA